UAAAGAAAAACAAAAUUUUGAUUUUUUCUUACUUCUCCCUCUCUCCCUCCUUCAUCAGUCUCACAUAGUCGUCAUUUUGGCUCUCUCUCAUCAACUCUACCGUUUCUUUCAUCAGCUCCACUUCAGCUCGGACCACCCAAUACAGAUUGCUAAUUAUUGUUGUUUUUUUCUCUCAAAUCCUCUUUUAAGCUUAAGAACAUCUUCAAUUUAAAAACCCAUUCUCAAAUUUAUCAAAUUUCUGAAAACGAUAAACCCCAACUAAACAUCAGAUCUGAAAAGGUCGAUAACUACGUAAAGAUGCAAUUCUAGGAAGAUGUCGACUUCCGACCCGACCAGACGCACUCGACCAGGCCCAUGGCCUCCGGCGCCUCUUCCACCGGAAUCCAAGGCAAUGCCGCCGUCUUCCUGGGCCAAACGUACUGGAUUUCAUCCUAAAUUCUCCGGCGAAACGAACGCAAGUCUUUCUGGUCAAAUUCUACCACAGCCAAAGCCAAGGGAGUCCGAUUCUCAGGCGGAUCUAGAAGCUGGUCGACUCCGACCUACUACGAAAAUUAAUGGUGAACCGGCGAGUGAGAACACGCCUUCUCUUCCUCUUCCUCAUCCUCCUCCGUCUGAUAAGGAUAAGGAUCAGACAGUGAAAAAGAGACGGGAUUCGGACGGUGGACUGCUGAAAAGCUCGGCCGCCCAAGGCGCAAAUGGGCCGGUUGUGAUUCCUGACGCACCACCACCACCACCUCAGAGACCUAGCCGGAGGCCGCCGGCUCGCAGUGAGGAUGUUGUUGAAUUGCCUCAAACAGUUGUUGAUGAUGAUGAUGGGUUAGUUUCUCGUCAUUCGCAUAUGAAGUAUGAGCUUAGAGAUACACCUGGGUUCGUUCCAAUUGGUCUAUACGGUUUUCAGCAUUACAUUUCAAUGCUGGGGUCUCUGAUACUUAUUCCACUCGUUUUAGUUCCUACAAUGGGGGGCUCUAAUGAGGAUACGGCCAAUGUGAUUUCUACAGUGCUAUUUGUAUCUGGAGUGACAACACUUCUGCAUACUUCGUUUGGGUCAAGGUUGCCCUUAAUUCAGGGUCCAUCAUUUGUCUAUCUUGCUCCUGCACUUGCAAUCGUCAACUCUUCCGAGUUCCAGGGUUUGAAUGGAAAUAAUUUCAAGCACAUCAUGAGGGUACUCCAAGGGGCCAUAAUCAUUUCUUCAGCUUUUCAAGCAAUACUGGGAUAUAGUGGAAUAAUGAUAAUAUUGUCAAGGUUGAUUAAUCCUGUUGUUGUGUCCCCAACCAUUGCUGCUGUUGGACUUUCUUUCUACAGCUAUGGUUUCCCUAGGGUUGGUACUUGUCUUGAGAUUGGUGUGGUGCAAAUACUACUCUUAAUAAUGUUUUCUCUUUACCUUCGCAAGAUAUCUGUUUUGGGUCAUAGAGUUUUCCUCAUCUAUGCGGUACCACUAGCUUUGGGAAUUACAUGGGGUGCUGCUUUUCUUCUUACUGAAGCUGGAGUUUAUAGCUAUAAGGGUUGUGAUGUAAACAUACCAGCAUCGAAUCAAAUUUCAGACCAUUGUAGAAAACAUCUCUUGAAGAUGACAUCCUGCCGAGUUGAUACCUCUCAUGCUUUAAAAUCUGCUCCGUGGUUCAGAUUUCCUUACCCAAUGCAAUGGGGCAUACCUAUCAUCCACUGGAAAAUGGUUCUCAUUAUGUGUGUGAUUUCACUGAUAUCCUCUGUUGAUUCGAUUGGUUCAUACCAUGCAUCGUCGUUGUUGGUUGCUUCGAGACCUCCACCUCCUGGAGUCGUAAGUCGAGCAAUUGGUUUUGAGGGCCUCUCUAGUGUGUUGGCUGGUCUCUGGGGCACAGGGACUGGAUCUAGUACUCUCACGGAAAAUGUGCACACAAUUGCUGUGACAAAAAUGGGUAGCCGCCGAGCAAUAGAGUUGGGUGCUUGUGUUUUGACCAUCAUCUCUCUUGUAGGUAAAGUUGGAGGUCUUCUUGCUUCAAUUCCUGUAGUCAUGGUAGCCGCCUUAUUGUGUUUUAUGUGGGCAAUGCUUACAGCACUGGGCUUGUCGAAUCUACGUUAUAGCGAGGCUGGGAGUUCAAGAAACAUUAUCAUUGUUGGUUUGUCUUUGUUUUUCUCAUUGUCUAUACCCGCCUACUUUCAGCAAUCUGGAGUCUCUCCAAAUACCAACUUAUCCGUUCCAAGUUAUCUUCAGCCCUAUAUUGUGGCUUCCCACGGCCCUUUCCACACCAAAUAUGGAGGGCUAAACUAUGUAAUGAACACAUUGCUUUCACUUCAUAUGGUGAUUGCUUUCCUGGUGGCAGUUAUCCUGGACAAUACGGUUCCAGGAAGCCGACAAGAACGUGGUGUUUAUGUUUGGUCUGAACAGGACCCUACAAGAAGGGAUUCUGCAGUUACCAAAGACUAUCAGUUACCAUUUAGACUCGAUCGAGCUUUCAAAUGGGUCAAAUGGGUUGGCCUUUGAUUUUAUAAGCCAUUUCAAAUCUUCCACGCUAUUAUUCUGGGACAGGUUUCAAAUUUUAUUUUUAUUUUUUAAAACGGAAAUCCUAACCGCAGGCAGCGGAGAUGGGUUGUUUUGUGUACAUUGGAGGAUCUGGUUUGUGUUGUAAGUUUAAAUGUAAUCCAACCAUGUAAGUAAUUUUGAGCAUUGGAGAAUGUUUAGAUGAUUUUUUUUUAUAUUUGAUUACUUUGAUACUGUUCUUGUAUAUGUAGCAAUGAUGAUUUAUUUUUCUUAAGUUACUUAUUACAGACGGAGUGGAAUAACAUUUGAUUUACAGAGAUAUAAAUUUGGUGUUACUUAU